GUCCUAACCAAAUUGGUAUCAUGCAGAUGUAGAAUAUGCACACCCUCGAAAACUUUCCUGGGAGCUGGGAGUCUCCCUACAUUUAGAAAGAAGAAAUAUAGAACACUGCUGGGAGAUAAAACCAUGUCCGCUUGCGUUGACCGAGUGGUCGGGUUUGUCUUCCAUCUUCUCGGUCCCUUGAUUGGGUCUUGCAGGGGAGACAUGGGGAGGCCGCCUUGCUGCGAUGAGAUGGUCGUGAAGAAGGGGCCGUGGACGCCGGAGGAGGACAAGAAGCUGGUGGAGUACAUCCAGCGGCAUGGCCAUGGGAGCUGGCGAAACUUGCCGAAGAAUGCCGGGCUGAACCGGUGCGGCAAAAGCUGCCGACUCCGCUGGACCAACUACCUCCGUCCUGACGUCAAGAGGGGGAAGUUCUCCGAGGACGAGGAGCAGAUCAUCAUUCACCUCCACUCCAUCCUCGGAAACAAGUGGUCUACCAUUUCCAGGCGUCUACCAGGAAGGACAGACAAUGAGAUCAAGAACUACUGGAACACCCAUCUCAAGAAGAAGCUCCUCCUUAUGGGCGUCGACCCAGUCACCCAUGCGCCCAGAACUGAUCUCGACCUGCUCGCCCUCCUCCCUGUUCUUCUUGCUGCCGCCACCGGCCUUGGAAACUUGGGCAGCUCUUCGAGCGAUGCUCCUGGGCUUCAAGCAGAUCCUGUGCACUUGGUCAGGCUCCGAGUGCUCCAGACGCUGAUCCAAGCCACGACUGCUGGUCCCAGUAUCGAUGCCAUGAAUCCUUUGUCCGCAGCCUCCCUCGGCUGCGCCCAACCGAACCAGCAGCUUGUGGGACUUGCUCCUGACCUCUCGGCCGUGGCCAAUCCCGGUGGUUCAUCGUUCCAAACAGGGACGAAGACGGAGAGUUGCAGUGGAAUUGCCGUACCAGUCGUGUUCAGCUCCUGUGCCGUUCCCACAGCUCGUUCCAUCCACCCACCAAUUUCGAUUCCCCAAGAAUCGGCACCGAUGGACUCGCCUGCUUCGAUCCCGUUCGAGGAUUGGCAUGGACUCAAUCCAGGUGAAUCUAACGCUGACGACAUGAUCUGCUGGAAAGAUAUUAUAGACCAAAUAUGUUGGACAGGACAAUCAUAGAUCAAGAGUGACGAUCACAGGCGUCAAUUUUCUGCGCUGCGCUUCAGUCAUCUGUCGAUUUGCUGACUGUUCUUUACGAAUAGAAUCUAUCUAUUUCGACGCACAACAACACACACACACACACAAUGUACGAGAGGUUGGUCACACAUUGUUCUCACUGUCUGUAGCAUAUGAUUUGUGUCAUAAAUCUUCUAGUUUUCUUGGAAUUAAAGAGUUGUGCAUUCAGCUUU